UCCACCUUUCCUCUUUCCAUCUUCCUUGCUGUUGAGUCUUGACUCAUUUUUUCAUCUGCACAACCUCUUUGCUAAUUUCCCUAAGUUGAAAAAGAAGAAACAGAAAAACAAAAUGGGUGCUUUGGACACUCUCGCUGACUACGUUACGGAUUUCAUCACUGUUUCCACCAAAAGAAAGAAGCGAAAAGUAAUGCAGACAGUAGAAAUCAAGGUGAAAAUGGACUGUGAUGGCUGUGAAAGGAGAGUCAGACACGCUGUUUCCACCAUGAAAGGUGCGAAAUCGGUUGAUGUGAACAGAAAGCAGAGCAGGGUAACAGUGAGCGGAUACGUGGAGCCAAACAAGGUGCUGAAGAGGGUGAAGAGCACAGGGAAGAGAGCGGAAUUCUGGCCGUAUGUGCCUUACAACUUGGUGCCGUACCCUUACGUUGCUCAGGCCUACGACAAGAAGGCACCGUCGGGUUAUGUUAAGAACGCAGUGCAGGCGCUGCCGAGUCCCAAUGCAACUGAAGAGAAGUACGUGACCCUCUUUAGCGAUGAAAACCCAAAUGCUUGCUCGAUUAUGUAGGCAAUUUCCGUGGACUUUAAGAUGUAGAGGCCUAGUUUUCUUCAUACAAAAGAGGGAUUUCGAUAGUUAGGACAUGUUUGGCUGCUUCGUAGCAUUUUAGUUUGUUGGGAGGGAAAAAGCUUGGUUUGUUAGUUUCUUCUAAAAGUUCACACAUAGUUCGUCAGUACUACAUGAUACAAUCAUGGAUGUAAAAGGUCUUGGUGCAGUGGGUAUAUAUCACUUUAGAGUAAUGUUACC